UGCAGAAACUUGUUUCUUGCCAUAUUUGAGGUUAGGUACGGUCCUCUUGUAACACGUGAACAUUGAACUCUGCAUGUGGUUUUCCAUUGUAUAGACAAUAGUGUAAAAUAAUUAUUAUAAUCAUAUAUUAAUAAUGGCUCGUCACAACAACCAACUUCCAGAUAACUUGCCUCAGCUUCAGAAUCUGAUUAAGCGAGAUCCUGCUUCAUACAAAGACGAAUUCUUAUUGCAGUACCGUCAUUACCAAUGCAUGCUGGAUGUAUUUCGCCUCCAUCCUAGUGAGUUCAACAAAAGCCUUGAUGAUUUGGUCAUGUUCAUAGCUCAGGUAUCUCAUUGCUACCCAGAUGUUUUGUCAAACUAUCCUCAGGAGUUGGUUGAUAUCUUACAAACCCAUUUCUCCAUAUUGGACAGUGCAAUGCGUAUGACUCUCUGUCGAGCCUUGAUACUGCUGCGUAACAAAAAUCUGUUGACACCAACAGACUUGUUGUCACUCUUCUUUCAUUUACUUCGAUGCCAGGACAAGGCAUUACGCAAGUUCUUGGAAACACAUAUCAUCACCGAUAUUAAAAACAUGAAUGCCAAGCACAAGAAUGCCCGUCUGAACAUGACAUUGCAGAAUUUCAUGUUCAGUAUGCUGAAGGACAGCAACUCCAAGGCAGCAAAGAUGUCGCUUGCCAUAAUGAUUGAGCUCUACAAAAAGAAUGUUUGGAACGAUGCUAAAACUGUGAAUGUUAUUGCCACUGCUUGUUUUUCAAAAUUUACGAAGGUGAUGGUUGCAGCUCUAAAAUUUUUCCUUGGAUCUGAUCCUGAAGAUGAAAAAAAGUCAGAUGACAGUGACUCAGAUAAUGAAGUAUCAACAAAAGAAGUCCUGAUGGCUAACAGAGUAAAUAAGAAGACUCGAAAAAGAGAAAAACAACUGAAGAAGGUGAAGCAGCUGGUUAAAAAAAGCCAGAAGAAAAAGGGUGCCCCUUCGCCAUUCAAUUUCUCAGCUCUACAUUUGGUUCAUGAUCCUCAAGGUUUGGCAGAGAAAUUGUUUCAGCAGCUGGAGAAGACAAAUGAGAGGUUUGAGGUGAAGAUCAUGACACUGGAUGUUGUGUCAAGACUUAUUGGUCUGCAUCAGUUGUUUCUACUCAAUUAUUACCCAUAUAUCCAGAGGUUUAUGCAGCCACACCAGAGAGAGGUAACCAAAAUUCUGCAGUUUGCAGCUCAAGCAUCUCAUGAAUUGGUGCCACCAGAUGUGCUGGAACCAGUUUUAAAAACUCUUGUGAACAACUUUGUCACGGAAAGGAACUCUGCUGAUGUCAUUGCUAUAGGGCUAAAUGCUGUGCGAGAGAUUUGCAACCGAUGUCCACUGGUAAUGAGUGAGGAUUUACUGAGGGAUCUUGCUCAGUAUAAAAAUUACAAGGAACGUAGUGUCAUGAUGGCAGCACGGUCACUCAUCCAUUUGUAUAGAACAUCAAUGCCCGAGCUCCUGCAUAAAAAGGAUAGGGGUCGCCCUACGGAAGCCUCCAUAGAGCUUAAGUCAAAGAAGUAUGGGGAAGUUGAUGCCAAAGACUACAUUCCUGGGGCAGAAGUAUUGCUUCAAAAUGGCACAGAGGGAACUUCUGGCUGUGGACAGGAUGAUGAUGGUAGUAGUGAUGAUGAAUGGAUAGAUAUUUCACACAGUUCUGAAGGUGAUGCUGAAGAGAAUAUUAGUACUCAAGAAGAGGUAUUUGAUAGGUUGGAAGAUGACCAGAAAUGUGAUCAUGGAGCUGAUGAUGAGAAUGAAGAGGAAGAUGGUGACAAGGACAUGGUUGAAGGAACUAAUUCUGCAAGAGAAGGAGCAAGAGGACCUAUGAACAAGAUUCAGCAGGCAGUCCAAGCUAGUCAGAUGCGGCUGCUUACAGACGAAGACUUUCGGAAGAUUGAUGCAGCAAGGCUGAGCAAAGAGGUGACUGCUCUGAAGAGAGGCAAGAAGAGGCCAGCAGAAGAGGAAGCAAGUUCAAAGAGGGAGCUGGUAUCACUGGCGGACAUUGAAAAUAUCUACAAGAAACGUCGUCAUGACAAAGAAGCGAGACAAGAGUCUGUAAAGAGAGGUCAAGUUGGUCGUGAGAAAUUUGGGUUUCAAGAUCGGCGACUAAAUGCACAUUCAAGUAAAACUAAUCGAGAGAAAAGGAAAACAAAGAACUACAUGAUGCUAAAGCACAAAGCACGAGGCAAGUUGAAGAGAUCUUUCAAAGAGAAACAGAUUGCACUUCGGAAUCAUCUCCUGAGACUCAAGAAAAUGAAAUAAGUACAUGUAUUCAGUGAAAUAUUGCAGUAUACUGUAAAUAGUAUAAUAAAACCUUGAUUAUGUGGAAGAUAAUUAAUUGCUUCUUAGGUCACACAUAAUGAAAUUGAGUCUGAAAUUCAGUGUCAUGUUGGAUGCGAUCUUGGAAUUUCCAGUCUUCAUGCAAGUGGAAUACCUGAUUGUAUACCCUAAAACAACGAUUUGCUGCAAUAUUAUUUGUUUUCAAACCAACUACUGGAUAUGGCUAAUGGAACAGUUCUGACUCCUCAGUGGACCUAGAAGUUGUUGAUUUUUCCAGAAAUAAUCCCAA